AUGGCCUACAAAAUUACUUAUACAUCACAAGAGAUUUUUUUUGCUGUUGGGCCACAUAAUCCCUAUACAGUAGCACACCAGCCUACUAAUACUACUGGAAAUAGUAGUAGUAUAGCUGCCUGUAUCAAUGACUGCAGAUUACAUGGCUGCUUUAUAACAGAUAAAUACUCCAGCAAUAGCAAAAAAUACGAUGACAAAAACAAUAUUAUUGAUGAUUAUUUCAAUGAUGAUACUACCAACAAUUAUGUUCUUUCUGCUGUAAAUGAGUAUCUAGAAUCUGCAGUAAAUGGCAAAAUGAACAUAGACAACUUUGGAAACUUGGAAGGAUUUAUACUAAACACUGACACUAAUAACCAAUCUAACUCUGGAUUUCAUCCAUUCCCUGAUCUCCAAUCUAUGGUUCUAUUUGAACUUAUUGACAGUGAUAAUGAUAUGCUUUCUCAAAGAAUGGUGAAGAAGAUUCUUGCUGCUAUGAACUUGAUUAUUAAGAUAUAUGCUGAAACACCAACUGGAAAAGUAUUUAAGUUAUCUUGCUUAGAUAACCUUAUGAACUACCAAACUAGAAAAGGAAACAAGACCUCUGUGCUUCCCUCUCUACACCAAGAAAUACAAGUACCUAACAAUACUGAACAUAUAUACCUCAACCUGCCAUCUACCCACUUUGAAUUUCUCAUGUCAAAUGCAAAAAAGUGUGAUUUAAUUGCUUCCUUACCCGAUCAUACUCCCGGACAAGCUAUUUCUUUGCAACAAGGCGAAAAAUGGAGAAACCAUCCUUUAUUUCAGCAGCCAAUGUUUACUGUGAACAGUGUCAAUAUUUGGGCCGGAGAUAUCCUUUACUUGAAGGCUAACAAUCCUAUGCUACGCUUUUUGGUUGAGUCAUUUCAUACAGCAAACAGCCAUAUUUAUGCAAGAGGUUAUAUGAUUAGAAUUAUUUCAGACAAAUGUCACGGUGUAGAAAUCGCUGCUACUGAUAUUAAUAUAGAGCUUAUUGACCAUGUUAAUAACAAUCGUCUUGAAGAAGCAUGCUAUUUGAGCAUAUCACUGCAGUAUACCGCAACAUUAUGUCCUGUUCAUUACACUCUCCUUUUUACCCAACAUCCUAUGAAACAACAAAUUCCUAAUGCACCGGCCAAUACAUUUUACAAAGUUAUGAUAGUACCAUUAAUACUUUUUACUGAUGAUACUUCUGGAAACUUGUUAAAGCAAUACAAUCCUUAUGAAAGUUGGUUAAUGAAAUGUGCUGGGUUGGCAUUUAGAGAUAGGCUCUCCAUAGAAAACAUUCAAUUUAUUGCUACAGUUCCUAAGAAAAACGGUGCAAAAGGUGUGUCUAUCUUACCUGUAAUGGUCUGUGAUCUCAAGGCCCUUGAAAAGGGUGUAGUUAUGUUCUGUGAAAAAGAAAAUCAGUAUGUUCUUGUCAUUGCCCCUGUUCUCUGGAUUGAAGCCGAUACACCUUGCCAUUCUGAACUUUGUAGAUUAUCUGGCUCAACGUCUUUGUAUCCUUAUAGAAAAUGUUAUGUAUGCAUUCACAGACUAAAGGAUUCUCUUCCAGCCAAAGAAUACUGUACCGAGCCCCAUAAGAGAAGAACCCAGGAACAUUAUGUGCUUGCUAAUUUCAUGUUGGACAGAACAACCAUCAUACCCAAUGCCCCAACAGACAGAUGUAACUUGCCUGCCAAAGACUUAAGCUUCAAGGAUCGCUCGACUGGAUCUCUUUUGGAACUAGAUGCUUUUAACCCAUCAAGGGAUAUGCCUGUAGAGAUUCUUCCCACUAUUCUUCUUGGAAUUGAAAAGUAUAUGGUUAUCCAUCUUAUGAACAAUGAUUACAAAUGCUCAACUAGAUUAUCGCGCAAAUUCACAAGAAAUAUCAAUCGCUCAGGAUCCUAUGUUGGUAGAGAUUUUAAGGUGCUCUUGCAAAUUCUCUCUGUUAUCCUUGUCACUGAUUUUUCGAAUGAGCCCAUACUAGACCGUAUCAAACCUUGCUUUGUUGAACUUGGCUGCCUAUGUUCCCUAGUAUUUGUUCGAGAGGUAACCUCAGGUUUUGAUGACUAUCUUGUUGGAGUGGACCUAUCUGUAAGACGUUUGCUUGGGCAAUUACACGACUACAAUACUUUUAAGAGAGCUGAAGUCAAAGAAAAGAACAAAACUGCAAAAAUAAAGAAGAAGUACACUGCAUUCUGCACGAAGCCUAAAAUUCACAACUUGACCCACAUGAAAGAUGAUAUUCAAUGA